AUGCCGGAGGAACCAUCUGCCAAGCGUCCCCGUGGUGAGACGUCCAACCAGAGCAUGGAGGUCGACGACGUUCAGGUCCCUGGUCAGAAGCACGACUACAAAGUGCACCACAAGGAGGUUGACAUCCACGGCAAGGAAAAGCUAGAUGUCGUAUGCACCAGCAAUCCUGAGGAAGCCGACAAGAUGAUCAGCAGGAUCCUGAAGAGGGUCUGCGGCUUGUACCCUCAGUACAUCGGCGUUGAUGUCGAGUAUACCAGGGAGGACCAACCUCCGCAGAGGGCAGCGGUUCUACAGUUAUGCAUGGAGGAACUCUGUUUGGUAUAUCACAUCACAGCGGCAACAAAAUGGCUCAAGAGCCUGCGCCCGUUCCUGAAGGAGGACAGGUUCUACACCUUUGCCGGCUUCAGUAUUGAAGGUGACAAAGAGAUGCUGCGAAGUUCUGGUUUGGAGAUCAACCCCGACAAGUACAUCGACAUCCAGCGCAAAUGGAGAGUUCCUUUCAAGGGAAGAAAGAGGUACCACUCUUUGGCUGAUGUUGCAGGUAGCGUGAUCCACCCAUUCUACAAAUAG